GAUGGAGCUCGCACCCGAUGGUUUCUUGACGGAAACGUUAUCUCUGGAACAGAAAUUGGCGUUGAAUUAUCGCAAAAUAAUCGCCGUCUUACUUUAGCAUCUCCGGAUAUAUUGAGAAAAGGUCGAUCUGAACAUAAACUCGAUUGCAAAGUAGUGGCCGAGUCGGGUCGGGCGUUUGACCAGAGGUCUUUGAAGAUUAAUGUCGUAGAGUCGCCGACUUUGAGGCCACUUCCAUCGGAAAUUUUCCAGCCUUUGGGCUCAGAACUUAGUCUACAUUGUCCUCAGAAAAGGAAUAGUGGUCUUCCGCCUACGAUUAAAUGGUUUUUCAACGGUCGAGAAAUACUGGCUGGCACACACAUCGUUAGUUACCUCGCUAAUUGGCACCAUCGCACUGGUCUUCGUCCACCUCAUGCCGCUCACCUCGUGCAUAUGCUCGCUAAUACGUUACACGAGGGAGUAAGUCGCAUGUGA